AUGGUUGAGUAUCUUACUGACACCUUUCAACUUCCAGACACACAACACAUUCGGGAUACUAUCCUUGAAAGAGCUAAUCAUUUGUAUCGAUAUCGUCGUAAAAGGCUCCAUGAUCAUUUCAAGAAAUUUGCUACAGAGGAGGAAAGAUUACAGAACAAGCCAAAAGAGGUUAAUGAAGUUGAAUGGAAAUUCUUGGUAGAAUAUUUCAACUCCGACGAUUUUAAGAGAGAUAUAAAUACUGGAAAAGAGCCAAACCUUCAGAAACUUUGGGAAUUGACUCACACGAAGAACGGGCGUUGGGUUAAUGAUGCAUCGGCUGAACUGAAUGAUAAGUUGAAAGAAAUUGUUGCUGAACAAAUUCAAGAUGUUGAAGAGGAUACUGAUGUAGAUCCUAUUAUUAAUGCUGCAUUUGUGAGAAUUAUGGGAGAAACGUCAGGGUAUUGUCGUGGUCAAGGAUCGGGAAUUAAGCGAACAGGUAGGAGAUAUAUGAAUGGAGUUCUAGAGCAAUUACAGGCACAACGAAAAGAGGUAGAAGAAGAACGUCGUAAACGAGAGAGUGUAGAAUGCAAGCUAACUGAAGUAAAAAAUCAGCUAGAAGAGGAGCAAAAAAAUCGAGAAGUCAUGGAAGCUCGUCUGGUACGUGACCAGAAAAUGUUAAAAGGAGGAAUCAUGGCACUAGUAUCUCAUCUGCAAAGUUCCAAGAAUGGACUUCCGUCUGCAAUUCUCAACAUUAUUGCUGAUUCAAGUGAUUCAGAUGCUGCAAGUCCUACAAGUCUUAUGGAUGACAUCAGUGGUGAACGUGCUUAAACCAGCACUGAUAGCAAUAUGAUUCAUGUCAUGCACAAGCUAUCGGAGGAAUAUUUACUUUUGAAUUAGAACUUAAUGACCUUGUUUAUAUGAUGUUUUGGUUCUUUUUGUAAUUAGUAAAACAUACUUUUUUGGAAUAUUCAGUUGUUUACUCUAGUGCAUUAGUUCUAUGUAUUGACCUUGCAAAUAUUCUAUAUAUAUAUAUAUAUAUAUAUAUAUAUAUAUAUAUU